CGAUGAAAUCCGUAUAGUUUGGGGAGUCCAACAACGUGGCAAGCGGCGGCAUUCAGUUGGCUCCAGCGCUUUACCGUCGACGGGUUCGCUUCGAUCCGAUCCGAUCCGCUCCGCUUUGCAGCAUUUUAUUUGGCAGUAGUGUAGUUUACCACUUAGCUCUUGGAUCCGUCUCAAGUCACGACCUUUUUUUGGUGAGCGUCGGCACAGAACCUGUUUACCCGCCUCGUGGAUUUUUGGGCAGCAGGUUCUCGAAUCCGGUGAAAAUAAAAUCCAAAUCCCAUCCAUUCAGAAAGAUAAGCCCAAAUCUCGCCCGCCAACCGACGAAAUGGAUGAGCAGCAUCGGAACCUCCAGCAAAAUGGCAGCGAGGACAGCAAUGGAAAGCAGGCCAGGAUCGUUUCGGGCUUGGAUCGACCGCUGAAGACUCCUCCUCCUGGCGAACAGUCGAGGGCAGUGCUGCGCCAGGUUCGCGCUGUCAUCUUGGCCAACAUAGGCGUCUUCUCGACGGGCAUGACCCUGGCCAUGCCCACUGCCACGCUGCACCAGCUGACGGACACCACGGAGCCAGUGCAUCUGAGCAGCUCCCAGGCCUCCUGGUUCGCCUCGGUCAAUGCGCUGUCGGCUCCGCUGGGCGGUUUGCUGUCCGGUUUCUUGCUCGACAGGAUCGGACGGAAGAAGUCCCUGAUCGUGCUCAAUGUACUCACUAUCCUUGCCUGGAUUUUACUGGCCACUCCCAGCCAGAGCAACUCGGAAGCCUUCUUUUGGCAACUCAUUGUAUCUCGAUUCAUUCUAGGAAUUGGCAUGGGUUUGGCCAGUGCCCCGCCAGGAGUUUAUGCUGCCGAAAUCAGUGUGCCCAAGACGAGGGGUAGUCUGAUCCUGGGAACAUCCAUUUCAGUGGCCGGUGGCAUCACAAUCCUCUACGGCAUCGGCUACUGUAUCCGCGACGACUUCCGACUGAUUGCCCUGAUCUGCUGUGGCUACCAGUUGGUGGCCCUGCUCUGCGUCCUUCCACUCCCCGAAAGUCACUGCUGGUUGCUGGCCAAAAAGCGGGUGACGGAGGCCAAACGAUCUCUCAACUACUUCCGAGGUUUCGAUAAGUCGGAUGAAAUCACCCAUCCCCAGGUGCUGGAGGAGUUCCAGACUCUGCAGAAAUCGCUGCAAAAGCGGGAUGCCGAGUUGAAGGAGUCCUUCUGGCGAAGUCUUUCGCAACCGGAGGUCUACAAGCCACUGGUCAUCCUGAUGACUUUGUUUGCCUUCCAGCAGCUCACGGGCAUCUUUGUGGUCAUUGUGUUCGCAGCGCAAAUUUCCUGGGAGGCGGGCAUCGAAAUAGAUCCAUUCAUGUGUGCCUUGCUCAUUGGCUUGGCCCGCCUGAUCACAACCUGUCCGAUGGGACUUGUCCUCGAGUUGUGGGGUCGCCGUAGGGCGGGUAUUAUCUCGACCUUGGGCAUGUCCAUCUGCAUGUUCCUUUUGGCCGGACACAGCCGAAUUCUGUGCUUUCAGCAAAUUCAGUACCUACCGGUGGUGGCCAUUGUGGGCUUCAUUGUGCUGAGCACUCUGGGCCUGUACACUCUGCCCUUCUUCAUGAUCUCCGAGCUCUUCCCGCAAAGGGUUAGGGGUCCAGCUUCGGGACUCACGGUGGCCGUGGGCAUGUUCAUCUCGUUCGUGGUCCUCAAAACCUAUCCCAAUGUCAAGGCAGAUUGGGGAUUGUCUACGUGCUUCAACUUCUUCGCGGUCAUGUCUGUGCUGGCCCUGAUCUUCAUUUACUGGGCUCUACCCGAAACCCGUCGUCGCACGCUCCUGGAGAUCGAGGAGCAGUUCCGCUCUGGACGGAGUCGUAAGCCUCAGAGCGAGGCUGAGGUCGAAAUGAAGGAGGUAUUUGUCCCAAAGCCUGAGGAAUAAUCUUCUUCGGCAGAUGCGCAUUUUAGGGAGAGACAUAAUUUACUUAAGUAGAUCCCAUCGAGUGCUUAGUACUGUGAUAGACAAUAACAACAAAGGCAGCAAGACAAAAAUAAAAACAAUUUAACAAAAAUCCUGACAGGACUAGAAAAAUAAAUCUUAAGAACUAUAAGUUUGUUUUUUAAUCUUGGUCAGAAGCAUGUUAAAAAUAGCAAUAAAAACAAUUUAACAAAAAUGGAAGCAAUGACAACUCAUUUAUUCAUACUAGAUAAAAAUACCUUAAGUACGAAUAAACUCUGAGGAAACUAUAAA